AUGGCCGAAUUUGUGCUCCUGGGAAUUUUUCAUAGCUCUGACAUGCAAGCUUGGCUCUUCAUUGUCUUCCUGUUCAUCUACCUUUUCAUCCUGACGGGGAACAUGUUGGUGUUUGUUGCCACGGUAUUGAAUCACGCUUUGCACACACCCAUGUAUUUCUUCCUUAGGCAUUUGUCUCUUUUGGAUAUAUGUUAUACCUCAGUGACUCUCCCCCAAAUGCUUGUGCACCUGAUUUCAGAGAGGAAAACCAUUUCGUUCCUAGGUUGUGCUGUACAAAUGUUCUUCUUUAUGUUCCUAGGAACUACUGUGUGCUACCUCCUGGCUAUAAUGGCAUAUGAUCGUUACCUGGCAAUAUGUCAUCCUUUGCGGUAUGUGAGGUUUAUGACCAGGAGGGCAUGCCUCCUCUUAAUCUCUGGAUGCUGGGUUACCGGGUUGUCCAUAUCCAUUGUGCAAACAUCACUGAUAUUCUCUUUCCCCUUCUGUGGUUCUGAUGUCAUCAAUCAUUUCUUCUGUGAUGUUCCUCCAAUGGUCAGGUUACAUUGCUCAAACCCCUACACAAAUUAUUUGGAGAGAAUCCUAAUAGUCUUCCUGGUUCUCAUCACCCCACUAGUAUUUAUCCUGCUCACCUAUGUUCUGAUCAUUGCAGCCAUCCUGAAGAUGAAUGUAGCAGAUGGGAGGAAAAAAGCUCUGGGCACAUGUUCCUCCCACUUGUUCUCUGUGGUUCUCUUUUAUGGCACCGCUGUGUUCACAUACGUGAGGCCCAGUUUAGUUUUUCCAGAUCCUACGGACAAGCUUCUGUGCCUCACUUACACAGUAGCCCCUGCAGUGCUGAAUCCUGUUAUCUACAGCCUGAGGAACAAACAGGUGAAGGAUGCACUUUGGAAUAUGCUGGCCAAAACGACAAAUUUUGAAGGCACGUGA